GUUCAGAGCGCAUCAGCGAACCAACCGUUGUCUCCGGCGGAAUUCUGUAAAACUUGUAGAUUUUUCUUUCUUCCUCUUUGCUUCUUCCGCGGUCCCUCGCGUACGGGCUGCGUGUGCACAACAAGAAGUGUGGCGGCGCGUGGUAUUCGUUGAACAGGGUAUUCGCCACUAACGUACACGCUGAACACAUCUGCACUUUUGCUACGUAAGCAACCUCUCCUCUCUCUCAGUCCGUUCGACAGCUUCUUCAGCUACUCUUUUUUCUUGUGCCCGCGUUUUCUGGAAAGAAAUACUCAUCUCUGCCUUUGGUAUCUGCCCUCUUUCUUUCUUUUGUCCAACAUGCAGAGCGAUGAUGAAAAACCCACGAGCUCGGAGUCGCGGCGCUCGAGCGGCUCCACGGCAAGUCGGGCAGACGACGCGGACGACUACAUGGGCAGCAGCACCUCCACGGCCGGCCCUCCCCCGGACUCCAAUGUGCACACGGGUCGCUUCACCCGCCCGCAGUGGUCGCUGGCUACAGGAAAGCUGCAGGACAACGAGCGCGAUUCCGAUGAGAGCUCGUGCAGUACGCACACGCUGAAGAUCAACAGCGCCAACGGUCACCGAGCUGGCGGUGGACCAGAUGACAGCAUCACCGAACGCCGUCACAAGCGUGGCUCGAACAGUCGCACUCUGAGCAACACGAGCGUGUCCGUUUCGCCAGCGCGCAGCAGCACACCGAAGGAGUGGGGGAGGUCGUUUCGCCUCUUCAACACGAGCCGCUUUUUACCCGGCGCCUCGCAGUCGCGGCCGCGCGAUGGCAGCAUGUCCUACAUGUACCGUAGCACCUUCAUGCAUCCCCGUCAUGGCCGGGGCAGCAGUGUCGGGCUCGACAAUGAGCGACCGAUGCUGAACACCUCGAUAUCGCACCAGCCGCAGAGCAGUGUUUUCGGCAUCUUUGGCGGCCAGGGUGGCCGGACGACUUUUUGGCCACCAGAGAACAGUGUGAGUGGCAUGCUGACGGCUGCGUCGACCUUCGGCGUAAACACCGGCGUCUCCGGCCUAACAGGCAGCCCGCUGUUGGGCUCCUCGCGACACGCGAGUACCGCUUUUGUUUCUCGCACGGCCAACGUGCGCCACAGCGUGCACCGCGCCGUCGCCUCGUGCGCGAUGGGCUCCGUCGUCUGUACGCUGUCCCAAGCCCAGACGAAGCUAUCGGUGGCGAUGAACACCCUGCGCGCCUUCAUUAGCCUUUGUGGCGAGACCAUCAUCCGCGGCGAUCGGGAGCACCCGAUGGAGAUUAAGAAAGGUCUUCUCAUUGGAGCGGGUGGCUUUGCGAAGGUGUACGCCGGCGUGAACACGGUGAGCGGGGAGCUCGUCGCCAUCAAAGAAAUCGACAUCUCGGGCGUCGAGGACAUCACCGCCCUUAACGAGAUCGAGGGCGAGUUUGCGCUGCUGAAGUCGCUGCACCACCCCAACAUCGUCAGCUACGCUCUCUUUGAGCACAGCAAGUCACAGCAGGUGUGCCGCAUCGUCAUGGAGCUUCUCGCCGGCGACUCGACGUUGCACCUCUUACAAAAAUUCGGCCCGUUGACUGAGGCGGUGCUGCGCAUCAUGACACGCAACAUCCUGCGCGCCAUCCGCUUUCUUCACGGCGAGGGCAUCUUUCACCGUGACAUCAAAACGGCCAACAUCCUCGUCAGUCACCGCGGCGAGGUCAAGCUGUGCGAUUUUGGAUGCAGUAAGCGUGUCACGGAGCUGAACAAGGCGGCCAGCUGCAUCAUCGGCACGCCGGUGUACAUGGCACCGGAGUUCAUCAAGGGCGAGGCGGAUCACAAGGCCGACAUCUGGUCUCUGGCGUGCGCGCUUUUCGAGCUGAGCACUGGCCUCGUGCCGUGGUACCACACCGGCGUGAAGGACAACAUUCCGCUUAUGUUUUACAUCACGACCACCGGCGACUCGCCGAUGGUGUUCCCCACCCCGGAGGCGCGAGGCGAGUUUUCGGCGGAGUUUCUCAACUUUAUGGAUUUGUGUUUCACUCGCAACGUCGCCAACAGACCGGAGGCAGAGGAGCUGCUGAAGCACCCGUGGAUUAUGGGGACGCGGCUGCCGGUGGUGGUCAUCCCACCCAACGCCUUCUUGAAUUUGCACCAGGACAACUUCUUUGGUCUGCGGGGCUUCAGCUCGCCGGGCAAGUCGUCGACCUUCUCCAGCCCGCGCGACUCGGCGGUGGAGCGCGACGAUGCGAGCCUGAACGAGAGCGACGCCCUGCAGAAGUCCGUUUCGUUUUCGCCGACGCUGAACCCCGCGGAGGAGGAGGUGGCCUGCCAGCAGGAGCUCGAAGGUGUCGCCGCGGCGACUGCCCUCGACCUCUGCGCGGCGCUCGUGUGUCCACUCGACAUGAGUGUGCGCGUCAGUCAGGAGCCGGGGCCGCUGGAGAUGGGCUCUGGUACGGGCGACACGAGCCCUUCGCUGACACGCACGCUGUCCAUCCUGUCCCCCGCGUUGAGUCACCGCGGCCCGGUGAGCGUCAGCCUUGGCGAGUUUCCCUCCCCGGUCUUCACCCCCGAGCACUCGAUGGUGCACGAGAACUUCUACUACAAUCAGGUUUCCCUGGGCGCGUCGGGUGGCAAUUUUGUGCUCCCGCUGGGGCUGGACCUCGACGGAGCCCCGCCGCUGCAGCAGUACCUGCGUAUCAACGAAGAAGGCAACCUUGACUUGGUGCACCUCCCCGAAGACGAGUUGGAGGACUCCACGCGCCCCGGCCGCGUCAUUUCCCCCGCCCGCAGCGGCUCCUUCAGCCGCAACAGCCUCAGCCCCCGCUUCGCCGCUGGCAUCACCGCCCUGGGCGGGACCGACCGCGCCUUCUCGCCGCUGCUGGCACCAAGUGGCACCUUCUCGCGUGGCGAGUCGCCGUCGCGGGGCGGGACAUCCGUGCCGCCGAGCCCGCAGGGGAUCCCCGCGCCGCCGCUGCUGUACCGCCCGGCCUCUCUCUCCACCACGACCACGGCUGUCGCCGCCAUCAGUCACGAAAGCAGCCACGACGGGUCACCACACAUGUCGCCCACGUCGACGUCGAAGGCGGACAGCAACCGCGACGCCGCCACGCCGCGCUCCGACUCGUCCGCGUCGAUUCAUCGCAGCGGCAGCUUCAGCGGGCUGCCGGAGAAGCUGCGGCCGCAGGCAGACGGCAGGCUGCACAUGUCCUUCUCCGUCAGCACUGCCCCUGGCCAUCCCGUCAACGUGGAGCUGAACGUAGACGUGGCCGACGUGCAGUGCAAGGUGGUGGACAACCAGCCGAACUUCGUGGUCGCCUUCACGGAUGACGUGCGCAACCAAAUCAUUCACCGCAUCAAGGAGGUGUCCGUCUUAUCGACAUCGACGAGCACGACGCCGCUCUACGCAGUUGGCCACAACUCCCCCGCCAGUACGUCCGGCGGCCCCGACGGACACGGGGCCGCCGUGGGCAACCAUUUCUACAGUGGACCGUCAUUCGCGUCUUCUUCUUCCUCGCGGCCCCUUCCGCGGCCGCUCUCCCGCAUGUCUUCCAGCAGCGCCGCUCGGCUCCUAUCUGCCCCUCGAGACGGAAACGUUGACUCCCGCUCGGCGUCCGGAGAAAUGAGCUCUACCACGAACUCACGGGCGUCGUCGCCCGCCGCAAACGGGUCUAGCGCGCACCUCAGCAGGCAAUACGAAGGCCGCAUUGCAUCCAUUCCACCGUUGUAG